UAGAUGUGGCUUAACAUGUGGAGGUUUUAAAGGGUGGAUUAAAUGGCUUUUGGGGUCCUCCCUUUUAACUGUGCAAUUCUGUGGCUUUGAAUAAUCUGGAGAAAUAUUUCUACAUAAUCAACUUCAGGAAUCUCUGAAGAUGAAGGGUGCUCUGUUGUACUUGUCUCUCUGUGGCCUAGCCUGGGCUCAAUCGGAGCUUCAACCUCAUUACAGGAAAGCAAAGCAGAAGUGUGUGGGAGAUCAUCAGAUAAUGCUCAAAGGACGUCAUUCCAAGCAUGGAUUUUACAUAUUUAAUUAUGUGUACUCAUCAGCAGUGCCCAACAAUCAGACACAGUUUAAGAAAGAAGAAGAUAACAGAAAAAACAUUUCCAGUGCCACUCAUGGGCCUGACAGGAAAAAUGAGCCAAGGAAGCCUACUGACAAUCUCACUGACACAACACAAGAGACCAGGGCAGACCAUAAGCACUUGGAUGCAACUGGAAAUGGAAGAAAGUUUGAGGACAGGAGAACUACUGAAAGCAGCCACAAUUUGCAUGGACUUCAUGGAAACACUACAAACUGGGAUCUUCGCCAGCAUCACUUAGAGUUGACUAUAGACAAAGAAGGGAAUGAAAUUGCAACAGGAGAUAACACUGUUGAGAUAGAUGGGAGUGGUGACAUAGGUUUUCCAAGCCCAGUUGACACCCAUCAUGGCAUCGUUAUUAGCAAUGAAUAUCAUGACCGAGUCAGAGACCACCAAGACACAAGAGGCGUUGGCAAUGAUACAUUUUUGGGAAAAGAGAAAGAUGUCAAAUCUGGAAUCUUUACUAACACCAAGCCGUCAAAAGAUCGCCGCAUCAAAAUUGGGGUGAAAGAGAAUGAUGCCAGUGUAAUCCAGGAAACUGAUCCUUACCAUUAUAUUCCCAAGAAAAUAGAUGGACAGAGCAAAGCUUAUUCAAAAGUCUCUUUGAAAGGCAAAACCAAUGCCACCAAUGAGGAGUCAGGUUACAUUGAUUUGUUAGAUAAAAGCAAAGUGGAUAACAGAACCGCCAAAUUAAGUAUGGAUCUCAAAGUACAGGCUAAGGUUUCUGAAGAUCUUCUAAAGGAAGCGGAGCGCAUAAGAAUCAGAGGCAACCACACCAAUGUUUUAGACAAUGGUGAAAUUAAAAUGGCUAAUGAAAAAGGUAUUAGCAGUGUUACAGUGCACACAAAAGGCAAAGAUGGAUAUACUAUGAUAAUUAGGAAACUGAAUGGACAGAAGGACGGAUCUGGAGUUACUGAACCACAUAAAAAAGGUGAUGUAAAAGAUAGUGCCACUAGUGGCAGCCAUGCAGAAGUAGCUGUUGUCACCAAAGUACAUAAAAAUGAUGGAACAAGAGAGGAUGUCAUCAACGGGAGGUCCAACGUCCAUGGGGAAGUACCUGGUAUUACCAAACUACACAAAAAAGAUGGAGCAAGAGAGGAUGUCAUCAACGGGAGGUCCAACAUCCAUCGGGAAGUACCUGGUUCUACCAAACUACAUAAAAAAGAUGGAACAAGAGAGGAUGUCAUCAACGGGAGAUCCAACAUCCAUGGGGAAGUACCUGGUGCUACCAAACUACAUGAAAAACAUGGAACGAGAGAGGAUGUCAUUAAUGGGAGGUCCAGCAGUCAUAUGGAAGCAGCUGGUAUCUCCAAAUCACAUUAUGGUGAAAUUGGUGCUAAAGGAAGGCUUAUCAAUCAAGUGGAGGAUCCUGAUGACACCAAGGCAAAUAGAACAAAUCAAAGUGGAGCUAUAAUCAGUAUGAAGCUUGAUAGUCAUGUGGAUAGACCUGGAGUUAUUAACUCACAUUCAAAAGGUGAACUUACUAUCCUUAGUAGAAUUUCUAGCAACCAAAUGUCAGAUCCCGGUGCAAUAAAGCAAGGUCAAAAAAGUCCCAGUGGAGUUGAUUUGAUUAAUAGAAAAUCUAACACUGGUAAAGAAGGUUUUGAUUCCACCAAAACUCAACAAAAAGAAGUUGGCAGUUAUGAAAAAAUAAGCAGAAAUGCUCAUGGAAGUAAAUUGGGUGAUCCAAAGAUGCAUGAAAAUGGCAAAACUGGAUUUGGUGUUACAUUUCAAAAAGUCAGUGGGGACACUGUAGAAGGAACUCUCAGUUACAAGAAAGCCACUGGAGAUGCUGUAGAUCUCAAGAGGAGUAAUUUGGAUUCUUCCAAUAAAAACAAGGAACACAGUGGUCAAAAACCUAUUCAGUUCAAAAGUGCUCUGUCAGUAUCCCAUGGAUCUCAUGACAAUAUCCAACACACCCUUAAUAUUCCAAAGAGUGACAACCUUCAAAACCGGGAGCAUUCACUGGCCACUGUGAAGAGCAAUAAGAAGGUAAUACAGCCAAGCAAAAAGGCAUCUAAGGUUAACACUGGAACAUAUGGAAGCAGGACAGCUAAGCAAUACCAUGGGUAUUUGGGCAGCCUGCGGAGAAAGAGCAGUCGGCGUGAUAAAAAGCGUCAAUCAGUUGUCCAUACAAAUGAUAGCAGCCAAUCAUCUGAGAGUGAGGAAAACAGCCGACAGUCGUAUGAAGACUAUCAGAAUGACAAGCCUGGCAGUUAUCAAUCAACCAGGAGUGUUGAAGACCUAUCUGCUGAGAGUAAUGAAAGUGAUGAUCAUACCCAAAUGGAAGACCAAAAGACCAGUUCUCAAGAAGAUUCCUGGGAGCAGAAAAGCACUGCUUAAAUGACUUGCAUUUGUUUAGAAAGAAACAAAAGAAAGUCAGAUUGCAUUUUGGUAAAGUCAUACUUAGGUCAUACAUAUGCCAUAAUUAAGUGGUAUUGUUGUGGCAUACUAUCAGAAUAAGGUGGCAAUCUGGUUUAAUGUGCUUACUUGGAAGCAAGAUCCAUUGAACUCAGUGGGACUUACUUUGGAGUACACAUACACAUAUAGGAGAAUUGCAUUGUAAGGAUUAUUAUAAGGGCUGAGUCGAAAUGACUCACAAAUAUGUUCAGCUGUGCCUCCCUUUCUCAAUGAUUUGGGGGGGCACUCAUGGUAAAACUGCUACAUUUAUUGGUAUAUAUUGCCCUUGCUUGCUCUUAUUCUUAGUUGUCAUUGUGUUGCACAAUCUGUUUGUCACAUGGCAUCCUGACAACAACCUAUAAUCCAGCCUUCCCCAACCUGCUGCACUCCAGUUUAUAUGGAGUACAACUGCCAUCAGGCCCAGCAAGCCUAGCUGGAAGUUGCAGCCCAGCUUGGGAAAGGCUGCCACAACCAUGUUCACUAUUCAGUCUCUGGUCACAUAGGGAUCAUCCCACACAUUAAUCCAGGAAGGAAGAAGAAGCAGCUGGGUGGACUGUGUGUAGAACAGUGAGUGUAUGUAUGUGCUUCAGCAUGUGACAUAGCACUGCAGCAGCUAGGAAAAAGUAUUUCUGUCAAAACAGCCUAAAAUCACGAAUAGAGAAUAUUUAGCACAGCUCUAGUCAUUAUAAUGCUCUCUAAAAGUAUUAAAGCAGUGAUGGGAAACUUGUGAUCCUCCAGAUGUUGCUUAACUACAGCUCCCAUCAUCCUUGACCAUCGGCAAUGCUUGCUGGGACUGACAGAAGUUAGAGUCCAACAGCAUUCUUUCAUAGUGACAUUGAUGGCAUAACUUCUAAUUAUUAGCUAGAGGACUGAAUGGUUGUUUUAUUAUAUUGAUUUUCUUUGGGUACAACAUGCUGCAAACAGUA